AUGCUCUUCUCCCCGGCUUUCUUCGGGCUUUUCGCUGGCGCCUCUGCUAUUGACAUCUGGCACAACUGGAGCAGUGGCAACUGCCACGGCAGCAACAGCAUCUAUUGCGCGAACAUUGGCCCGAAUAGACGCCGUUCCGAGGGUACCGGAGAAGAAUGCACUGAUCUUGUGACGCCGGAUAUCGUGGCCUUCACCGACGGCGUUCAGUACGACCUCACGCAGCUGGACGAUGCUGCUAUGGAUGAAAUGUACGUAUAG